AUGACCUGCGCCAUGUUACAAUAUUGUGCUGCUCUAACACCACCUAAAGUGUUGCUUCAUCCUGAACAUAUUGAGCUGUUAGAUCGAUUCUUCACUCUUCAUGGAAAGGCUCAAGCUGGUGACACAGAUCUCUGUGCUGAUUGUUCCACUCUUUUUACUGAUGUCAAGACAAGACUGGCUGAUCCAGCUACAACUCAAGCUAUUGUAGCUCAAGUCGAGCAAUACUCCUGUAAUGUGAUGCCAAUUGGUCAAGAAACAUGUCGUUCUCUAGUUUCAACAGUAAUUGGUACUGGUCUAGGAAUGAUGGCCUCUUUCAUCGAACCAACACAAAUUUGUACUAUUUUGGGAUAUUGUCAAAUGCCACCAAUGGUUCACGAUUCCUUCCAGUCUACUUUAUACUUCAAACCGGAAGUGAUGUCACAGACUGUAGGUGAUAUAGAUCUAUGUACUGAUUGUACCACCCUAUUUACUGAUGUUAAAACAAGAUUAAGCAAUCCACAAACAGUUGGUGCUAUCACAGCUGGAAUAGAGAAAUUUUCCUGUAAUCUUUUACCAACAUUUCAAACAACUUGUAAUAUGCUGGUAUCCACCGCUGUAUCAACUGGUCUUGGCUUUGUUGCUUCCCUCAUUGAUCCAGCUAUGACUUGUCAGAUAUUGAUGUAUUGUACAGCCUAA